AUGGGCAAGACGACGCUGCUGAAGCAUCUGGCCGCGCGGCGCUUGUGCGUACCGGAGCACUGGAGUGUCACGCUGGUGCAGCAGGAAGCAGACGCCACAGAGGUCCCGGUUGGGGUGGUGGAUGAAGUGCUCCGUGCCGAUCGCCGGCGUCGCGAUCUGCUCCAGCGGGAGGCUGAGUUUGUAUGGAUCCCCAAACGAGCCUCUGUGCAGUUUGCCAUUCAACAAGCCCUUCCUCAUGCAAAGAGUUUUCAUUUCCAACUCAUCCAAAUGGGGAUUCACGAGCUCACCUUCGAUGAUCGUAUUGAAGAAGAGCAUCAGUGCACUGUCAUGGUUGACACUGUCAAACUGGAACGAUGUGUCAAGCCUGAUUUCCAUGAGCUUGCUUUGCUUGUCACAGUUGACGUGUGUUGGAAGUUCUCGGAUUUGAUUGCCUUUGUCGCUUGUGAAUGCCGUGUGCUCCCAAGUAAAGUGAUUAUUUUGGAUGGUGAUUCUCCCAUGCCUGAGGGUGCUUUCGUCCUCCAGCAAUUGUGCAGUUCAUUCCGAGCAACGAUCUUUGUCAACCCCUUGGACACUAGACAGCUCAUUCCAAAGAAGCUUUGUGAUUUUGGGCAGGCUAAAGAUAUCAGAGUUGCUGGAGUUAAGGUUGCCAAUCCCAUUUUCACUGACAACGCCUUGCCGUCGGACUCAGGAUUCAUCAGAUUUGCUGUCAGGAACCCCAAAUGGGGAUCAAUCAGGUCCGUAGCUGUGCACAACAAAACACCGCUACAGUGCUUGGUCUCCAUGUUGCUCCCAGAUUUUGAUGAACCAAUACCGUAUAUCACAGCUCAAAGCGUGAUCCUAGACCAGUCCAUGCCUGUCUGUCAACUGCUUGAGUAUGAAGACAUCGAAUUGCAUUUUUCAGGGUUCAAGCCUUGGCCUGUCACGAACCUUGAAUAUCUCAUUCCAUUUGCACCGUUGGUCCCACAAGAUCCGCAGUUCACUGUCAAGAUUUGGGUGAAGGGCCCUUUUGACUAUCGUGCCAAGAUUUGCCAUGUCGACAAGGAGUGGUCUGUUACUAAGCUUGCUGCUUCGUACCAAGUCUUGCACAAGAGCAACCUGACCAUGAUUGCCAUGCAGCACGGGAAAGCUGUUGACACAAGGUGGAGCCAAGUCGGAGGACCUGCAGCGAUUCUUGGAACCAUUGCUGACGAAGAGGGUGUAUUGGAGAGUGCUGUGAAAGCUAGGGUCCAAACCAUUCUCAGCAAGAUUGACAAUGCCACCAUUCGUGCACACAUGCAUGAUGAUCCCCAGACCUUUUGGGGUUAUCUAAAGCAGUGGGCCAAUGAUGCAAAGCUCAGGCUCAUCACACCAGAAGAGCUCAAAGCCCAAAAGAAAGCUGGUAGGCUUGAGGCAAAGGAGCAUUCAUCAGCAAGUUCGAGUGUCAAAAACAAGAAGCUCAGUGAAGCCACUGCUGAAAAGGUUGCUAUUGACACCUUGCACUUUGUUGCCAACAAUGCCGCAGUCAAGCAGAUUGAUCUCAAUGGGUUUGCCCCAGAUAGGACUGGAAUUGCCAUCGUCACACCUGAAGAAGCUAUGAAGCUGGAAGCGGAGGGAGACGCCGAGGCCCUCGACCAUGUCUCGAGAGACGCACAGGAGUUGCAAAAGCUCUGCGAGGAGUUGAGCUCCGUCGCACAGGACGGAGCUCCGGAAGAUGGAGAGGACUUGGAUGCCAUGGGAGCAGAGGCAGCAGAGGCGUCGGUGCGGAAGAUCCUGUGCGGCUUGGGCUUCACCAGUGCCAUGAUGGAUGGUCCGGUGCACGUCUUGCCCUUCGGACCUGGUGACGUUUUGCACGGCUUGGAGUCUGGGACUGGGAGGUGUUGGGCAGAAACGAUAGAUUUUUCCGAAUGGGGGUGUGACUGCAAACUGUAUAUAGACAUAGAACAAGUGAAGGGAACACGGAUGGGGAUGGAGAUCAGGUUGGAUAAUCCUUGUGGUGUGAGGCUGUUUCUUUCAACAUUGCAUGUGUUGAGUGGUAUGAAGGGGUUCUUGAAUGUUGCUAUGGAUGAUAGCAUCGAUCCGCAUCAAACAGCUUUACAAUAG